UCUCCAGCUCUGCGGUCUGCAAGCGACGGAGUUACGCGCGUUCGGAUUCUUCUGGAGUCUCCUGCCCGCCCAGUGGCCGCAGUCACCCAGGUCCAGAGGCCGCGGUAUCACAGACUCUGCGACAUGUCGAUGCUGGCUGAGCGUCGGCGGAAGCAGAAGUGGGCUGUGGAUCCUCAGAACACUGCCUGGAGUAAUGACGAUUCCAAGUUUGGCCAGAGGAUGCUAGAAAAGAUGGGGUGGUCAAAAGGAAAGGGUUUAGGGGCUCAGGAGCAAGGAGCCACAGAUCAUAUUAAAGUUCAAGUGAAAAAUAACCACCUGGGACUCGGAGCCACCGUCAAUAACGAAGACAACUGGAUUGCACAUCAGGAUGAUUUUAACCAGCUUCUGGCCGAACUCAACACUUGCCAUGGGCUGGAAACCACAGACUCCUCAGACAAGAAGGAAAAGAAGUCUUUUAGCCUUGAGGAAAAGUCCAAAAUCUCCAAAAACCGUGUUCACUAUAUGAAAUUCACAAAAGGGAAGGAUCUAUCAUCUCGGAGCAAAACAGAUCUUGACUGCAUUUUUGGGAAAAGACAGAGUAAGAAGACUCCUGAGGGCGACGCCGGUUCCUCCGCUCCAGAUGAGAACGAAAGCACGACAACCAGCGCCUUCACCAUCCAGGAGUACUUUGCCCAGCGGAUGGCAGCACUAAAGAACAAGCCCCGGGUCCCAGAUUCAGGGCCCGACCUUUCCGAGGCUCAGGUAGACAGAAGAAAGAUGAAGAAAAGAAACAAAGAGGCAGCAGGUAAGGACGCGAAGAGUUCCCCGAAGCCUAAGGCCAAGAGGCCUACGGAGGAAGAUCCCAAGAGGGACGGGGCCCAGGAGCGGGGGGCCCAGAAGAAGAGUGCGGGGGAGCAGCUCAGAGGCCCCUGCUGGGACCAGGGUUCCGAGACCUCUGCUCAGGAUGCUGGGGACUGUGCGCAGCCGCCUGAGGGCCUAGACUUCACCCUGAAGCCCAAAAGGAGGAGAGGGAAGAAAAAGCUGGAAAAGCCGGUAGAGAUAGCAGAGGAUGCUAUGCCAGAAGAAACGCCAGUGAAAAGGAAGAAAAAGAAGAAAGAUUUCAAAUGAAUCUCCCCAGCCGGGGCCUCCCGACCACUCAGCUGUCAGGGCACUGCCAGGGGAGACACUCUGGCCUGAAGUCAGAGCAGAGUUCACCCCGGAGAGCCUGGGUGCAUCUUGUGACAUGCCCAUGGGCAGCCAAGUCCCGCCCUCUCGCCACCUUUCCCCCAAGUGAGGUUCCCAGGAGGACCCUUUUAAUGUUCUAAAUCAUGGCUCUCAGAAACAACUAAAUUUUUUAUAAACUCUGAGCCCUUCAGCAAUAGUGUUUAAUUAUAUUCAUACGAAUACAUGCAUUCAUGUAAGUGCACACGUGUGUGUGUGUGUGUGUGUGUGUGUGUGUGUGUGUGUGUGUCAGUCACCGUCUCUGUUUGCUCUUGGUUCCCUUCAAUAACCAUGAAUGGUGCUUUCUUCUGAAAGAGUCUAAUUAAAGGAUUAAGAGGCAA